UUUUGUUCUCUAUCGUCGGGAGGAAUUGAAACUAUUCUUUGUCACGACUCUAAAACGAUAGGGUUCGGGAAACAAACUUGUAGGUUAAAAGAAGCGUGGAUAUCGAUAUAGAAGAAUGCCGAACUUUCGUGCAAAAGAUCAACAAAAAGGGUCUCCAAAGACAGAGGUGGGAGAGAUAGACACAAGAGCACCAUUUCAAUCCGUGAGGGCUGCCGUUAGUUUGUUUGGAGAAGUUGUUUCUUCUAAGGACAAACAAACCGUUAAAAGAAACAAACAGCUUUCUUCCGAGAAUGUAUUGGAAAAGGAAACACAGCUUUUGUUGGCUCAGAAAGAGCUCAGCAAGAUCAAGCAACAGCUUCAGAGUUCUGAUACCACCAAGUCCAGAGCGCUUGCUGAGCUCGAGAAGGCCAAGCAGUUGCAGGAAGACCUCACCACCAAGCUUUGCUGUAUCAACGAGUCCAUGAAAUCUGCUAUGGAUGUUGCUGAGGCUGUCAAGAUCCAAGCCAAGAAGCUCGAGGUUGCUAAGUCGCAGAAGGAGAUGGCUGGCGCUGCCGGUUGUUCUUCGAAACAGGAGCUCGACUUCGCGAGAUCGGAGUACACAGUCAUUGUUGCUGAGCUUGAUGCUUCCAAGCAGGAGCUGACAAAGAUUCGACAAGAUUUCGAUGCGGCAUUGGAGUCGAAAUUGGCUGCGUUCCAGCUUGCUGCUGAGGCGCAGCGAUCGGCAAAUCUCAAUAGCGAUCGGUUGGUUGAAUUGUCGAAGCAAAUUGCUGCGAUGCAACAGUCGAUUGAAGAUCUUAAGCAUGUUUCGACAGAGGCACAGAAACAACUCGUUAAGAUUUUGGAGGAGAGAGAUGCGGGUUUCAACGAAUAUAAGACUGCCAGGGAAGAAAUGGAAAGGAAUGUGAUGAUUCUUCAGAAAGAAAUCGAUCCUCAGCUGACCAUUUCGCUCGAGGAAAAACUUAAAGAAACAACCAUAGAGAUCGAGGUUUUGCAAGAGAAGAUGAAGGAGGUCCAUGCUUCUGAAAUGGAUACCGUGAGAGCGGUUACCGUUGAACUUAACGAUGCUACGAAGACUCUGCAGCAAAUCUCUGAAGAAGAAAGCUCCCUAAGGAACUUAGUUAGUUCCUUGAGACUGGAAGUGGAGAAUGUGAGGAGGAAGAGAGAGGAGUUGAGUAAAAAAGUUGAAGAAGAAGAAAAGAUGUUAGCUGAGAGAAGAGAGCAGAGUUUGAAACUCCAACAGCUUCUACUUGAAGCUGAAGCUUCAAGGAAAGAGACCGAACAGAUGAUGCAAGAAGCGGCCGAGCUUAAGCGAGACGCGGAGGCUAACAGAUGCUUCACGGAGGAAGCAGAGACAAGACUACAGUUUGUACAAAGGGAGGCCGAAGAAGCCAAGGAAGCAGAGAAGAAAGCGCUCGAGGAAAUGAGGAGUUUGGCUGGAAAACACAGCGAAAAUUCAACCGAAGAAUUGGAGCCUACUUCACAGAUCAAAUUAACGGUGGACGAGUUCGAAUCCUUGAGUAAAAGGGUGAGAGAAUCCAAAAUGCUAGCAGAAAGGGAGGAGGCAAACAGCAUAGCCGAAGUGGAGGUAAUCAGUGCAAGGCAAGGUGAAGCAACGAAAAAGGUCGAGGCCAACUUAAGAGCAAUCGAGGAGAUCAAGAUAGCAACAGAGAUGGCGUUAAAGAGUGCAGAGAUGGUGGAGACGGCGAAAAUGGUGGUCGAAGGUGAACUCCGACGAUGGCGUCAAGAAGAGGAGAAUGUGGCACCUCAAGUUUCUUCUGGACAUAUCUACAUUUAGCUUUCAAAACCAAAAAGGGCUACCAAAGUAGGCUUGUUAGUACACACUCUAAUGGGUCAAAGCUGCUUCAGAAUCUAAAGCUAAACCUGAUAUCAGAGCAUCUUGUUGGAUGAUAUGAAACCUUGGGUUUUUCUAGGAAUGGAUGAUCAAAAUGGGUGGCAUAGAUUUAAGCAUUAAA